CUGAAACUGAACUUUUGGAAGCCAGCGCGGCGUUCACGCUGCACGCUACUAGAUUACUUCAUUUUUAAGACUUCUCCACUUGGUCUUGGAUGGAAAACCGACGAUCUUUAGAGUCCCUAACAGUUUUGGAGCUGGAAGAAUUGUUCUCAAAGCAGCUUCACUUACGCGACCAUUUUCUUCCCAAGUUGCCUGAUUCCGGUGAAAAACUAGUGAGGUCAAUUGAAAAGAUUCGGGAUAUAUUAUCAGAGAAAAAGGUACUGAAGUCUUAACCAGUCGUACGGUGAUUCCUUCCUAUAGACUCACCUCCUCAAAGAUGACGAAAGCCAUCCCAUAGCGAAUAAGGAAACAAAGGUCACUCAUGGAUUAUCAAAGUAAUAUGUUAUCUCAUAUAAUUAAAGAAAUGUACUUCCAGUAUGACUUCGAUUCAUAAAGGAAGCGAAUCGGAAACUUGUACUAAUACAGAUCCUAAAAAAGAUUCCAUUGAUAGUCUAUCAAAUAAUCUUUCCAAUAUAUCUAUUAGUUUACAUUCGGAUGAAAAAUAUGAUAAUAUUUCAUGUUUAUCGUAUGAUGAGUAUACUGGCAUUAGACAAUCGUUAAAUCUUCCAUGCUCUUAUAUUUCAAAUUCGUUCCAAUGGUUCACCUUCACAUUUCGGUUCGUGGGUAAUUUAGUAUAUUUAUCUGUAUUGGAUUGUAGCAAUCCUAAUCGAAGCCUUUUACGUGCUGGUCUUGUAAACACAUGGUUUCCUGAUAUGAAUUGUAUUAACGCAAAAUCCACUUUGAAUGAAAUACCAUUGAAAAAAAUAUCACUUAGUCAACCAACACAUGCAUUACAUGAUUUAUGGUUAUUUAUGUCAACAACCAGUGGUAAAAAUAAAGUUGUAAUAUCGAAUGCAAGGACCUAUUGCCUUAUAUGCUACUCUUCAAAUAAUAACAAUAAUUCUAGCAAUUUCGAUGAUAUAAUUUAUCUUAGUCGGUUAAUACGUUCUACGCGUCAUUCGAAUAUUGUUCGUUCAGCUCAGCCGCAUGAUUGUUAUUUCUCUAAUGCUUUUUAUGCCUUGAAUACAAUAACUCUCAGUAACAAUGCCAAUAAUGAUAAUAAUAUUAGUAAUAAUAAGAUUGAUAAAAUUGUUCAAUUCAUGAAUGAUAUGGAAAAACAAGAUAAUCAUUUGUCAUAUUGUAAAACAUCACCUACACAUAUCAGUCGAGAAUUUAUUAAAAAAUGUUAUGAACUCUAUGAGUUAAUGUUUGACAAGUUGCCUUCACCUUCGAAUAACGACGAAAACACAAUGAAUAAUGUAGUAUUACGGUAUUUUUCAAAUUCAUUGGAAUAUUUGAAGUUGUCCAAAGCUAAAACAAUAAUGUGGAUGGAGGCACCUAUUGAGCUAUAUCUUUUGCGUAAACUUAAAACUGCUUGCAGUAUCAUGACGAAUAAAUCUACUUUGGCUUCAACAAACAACAAAGUCAAUGAUUUGAAUAAAAUAUCUGACAAUAUUUUACGUCGAUUAGCCGUUGUUGGUUUAGGUCGAACCCGUUUAACCCGUUUAGCUGGUCUAGGCGGGUGGAAACAAUUUGCUGGGUUUUUAUCUUAUCAUCCGUCGUCAUCAUCAUCGAUUUCAGGAAAUUCAAAGAUUACUAGUCACAUAAAUGACGAAGCGGAUAUCGUUAGAAAUGCUUUUGUCACUGAUGAUCUAGAAACUAUUCGUAUACUUUAUGUUUAUUUUCGUAAUGUUUACAAAAAUCUUGAUCGUCAUGAAAGAUGUUAUUUAGAAAAUAAUAGUAACCAUCAUCAUAAAAAUCUAAUGAAGUCAUUCUCAUCGACGAAGUUAUCCAAUAAACAGCAUCGUCCAUUUCUAUUGUCCUACUUAGAUUAUCACAGUGAUAAUGUGAAUUCGAUGAUGUUACUAAUAAACAUGAUAAAAAAUAUAUAUUAAGUGACAAAAUACAAGCAUGGAUAUCUUCUGGUAAUCAAUUAUUCGAUCCUCUUGGGCAUCGUCAAUUAUGCCCACUCAAUAUAGAUCAAUCAAUAGACCUAAUGAAAAAUGUACAAGCAAACUAUGAAAAAUCUCGAAUCAAAUUAAAAUUACCACCUUAUCCUAGUAUACCGGUAGAACCAAUCAAUUUGAAUCGUUACCGUGAUCCGUCACUUCUGUUAUUGAAGGAAAUGGACUCUUCGUCAUCAUCACUCUCCACAUCUUCAUCAGAUGCAGAAAAUUCAGAUACAGAUAAUGACUCACUUGGACUUGAAGAUGUUGAUUAAAACGUUAGGCUUUUUUUUCUUAUAUUGUAUAUAUGUUAUUUUUGAUAGUUUCAAGAAAUAAAUUAAAAUUUGACUUUAUUAUCUUAUUGAUCUAGCUUCUUUUUAUUAAUUAUUUGUUAAACGUAUUUAUCUGUUCAAUUAUUAUUUUGAUUUGAAGAUACAACUUGGUGGCUGCUCAUUUUGGGUUUUGUCUUUGAGUUGAUGUUAUCUGUCUAUGGGAGUACGAGUUAUGUGUUUUUGUCUCAGCAUUCCUCAUUCCACUUUCCUGGUGUGUUAAAUACGUCCUGCAAACAAACCUUCUCUCGUUCCAUCGACCCAUAUCUACUCUUGUAAUUAGUGGACUGAAGGCUAAAUAUUAGAAAUCUUACCCUUCAAACAUAUUUACUCUAUAACACAU